CGCACGAGGGCGCGCAGCGGCGGGGCGGCCCGGGGCGGGGCGGCUGCUGUCCGUCCCUCCGGACCCGCCCCGACAGCCCUGUCCCGGCCCGUCCCGGCCGAGCUCCAGCCCCGCGAAGCAGCGCAGCAGGUGCCCAGCAGGACAGCUCGCAGCUGGCAUGGCACAGCCCAGCGCACCCCCCCCAUACGACGACAAGAACCCUCUGUACCCCCCCAGUGCCUACCCCCAGCCCUCCCACUAUGCCGGAGGGUACCCACAGCCAGGGGGGUACCCGGCACCUGCGGGGUAUGCAGCACCAGGGGGGUAUGGGACACCAGGAGGAUACCCACAGCCAGGGAUGGCCAUGCCCACCAUGCCCAUGCGUUUUGGUGACACCUAUGGAGGUGAUGGCAUAGGAGGCAGCUCCCCCAUCCAGACGGCAGACUGGGAUGACAGGAAAGUACGGCACACCUUUAUCCGCAAGGUCUAUGCCAUCAUCUCAGUGCAGCUGCUGGUGACGGUGGGGAUCAUCGCCAUGUUCACCUUUGUCUCACCUGUCCGCUCUUUUGUCCAGAGGAACGCUGCCAUCUACUACGCCUCAUACGCUGUAUUCCUGGUGACCUACCUGGUGCUGGUCUGCUGCCAGGGCCCCCGGAGACGCUUCCCGUGGAACAUCAUCCUGCUGAGCAUCUUUACCUUGGCCAUGGGCUUCAUGACAGGGACCAUUGCCAGCAUGUACCGGACUAAUGCUGUCCUCAUCGCCAUGAUCAUCACUGCCAUUGUGGCCAUCAUUGUCACCAUCUUCUGCUUCCAGACCAAGGUUGACUUUACAUCAUGUCCGGGGCUCUUCUGCGUGCUGGGUAUUGUGGUCAUGGUGACAGGGCUCGUCACGGUCAUCGUCCUCUCCUUCAAAUAUGUUCCCUGGCUCCACAUGCUGUAUGCAGCCAUCGGGGCUAUUGCCUUCACCCUGUUCCUGGCCUACGACACACAGUUGGUGCUGGGCAACAGGAAGAACACACUGAGCCCCGAGGAGUACAUCUAUGGAGCCCUCACCAUCUACACUGAUAUCAUCUACAUCUUCACUUUCCUCUUGCAGAUUGUGGGCCGAGACUGAGCCCCUGCCUUGGGACCCCUUAACCCUCCUCAAAAAGCUUCUUGCUCUCUCUUCCCAUUGACCAAGCUGCUCCCCUCCCAGCUCCCCAUUCACUAGCCAGGCUCCUGGAAUCCCCAUUAGGAUACUGCUGGCUGCUAGAGCCUGCAGCCCCUCUGCCACCCCGCUGUCCCCAUGGGGCCAUCCACCAGGGCUCCAAGGGGCUGGACCAGGGGUGACGCUGGGGCUGUACGCAUGGGUGGGAUGGGUAGAGGUGCUGCCAGCAUCAGGGGUGCUCUGCUUGCUUGUAAAUAGGCCUUGAAGCUGGUGCCUGUGUACAGUUCCACUGGGUGCCCUCGGCGCUUCAGCACCCUGAGUUUGUGGCCUGCUAGAAGGGAAGGGUUCCCUGUGUCCCACACUUGGGCCCUGGGGCUCUCUGGUCCAUGGGGAUGGAACAGUGCUGGGCUGUGCCUGGGGGCCUGGGCUCCAUUCAGUGCCUUAAACACAGCCUCGGCCGUGAGCACAGCCCUGGUAGGCGCCAGGCCUUACUGGUUCCGCUGCAGGCCUGGCCUCUCUCAAUUGUUACACAUACUCAAUAAAACACUUUAAUUUUCCA